AUGGCCUCUGCAACUGAAGAAUGUCCCUCUUCAAGCGACCAACACGAUGGAGGUGGCCAGCCGACGGAUGCUGCCAGCGGGGGCGAGAAGAAGGGGAAAUCUGGGAGACGAGCACUGGUGCACCCGCGGGCGGUGUUGACUGGCACGGUUGAACUGAGUGACGGGUGUUGCAUUGGUGCUGCAACCAUAAUUGAUGGUGGACAAGGCGGCAUUUUUUUCGGAAAGAAUACUGUUGUCGAGGAUCGAGUUAAAAUUACCAACAGCGGUCCGACGCCGAUGACUAUAGGCCGUUAUACAUGGAUCGAGGAUGAAGCCGUACUUCAAAACGUUCAGAAAAUCGGCGACUUCGUCCGCGUGGAAGCAGGAGCCAAAGUCGUAGACUGUGAAGAGCUCGGUAACGGCUGCAACGUAGCAGCCGGAGCGAAAGUGGAAAAGCGAGGCUCAGUCGGGGCUCAGACCGUCUUCUUCGGUCAUGCCGGAGUAAUGGUUCAUGACCCGUCCUGUAUGGUGCGGCAAGCGGCGUCGGCAGUGGCUCAUCUACCAACUCACCGGCGACUACUCGACAGCCAUGUAUAA